AUGACAUCUUCCGUUCUGCCCUCACGCCAGCUCUCAGCCUUUGGCUCAACAGCAACAAUGGCCAACGAAGCUCUCUUCGUACACCCUGACGACCUCCGCACUGCUUUUGCCACGGCAAUGUCCCACAUGUACAAGGAAGAGGUUCCCCUGUAUGGAGAUCUUGUGCAAAUUGUGAGCGAUGUAAACAGAGAAGUUAUCUCUCAGAAUUCAAUCGAGCCACCCACAGCAGACCGCCUGGAACGCCUGAUGCUCGAGCGACAUGGCGCAAUUCGCCUCGGCACCCCAGAGGAACUCGGCACGGUUCGUCGCAUUUUCGCAUUGAUGGGAAUGCAACCAGUUGGCUACUAUGACCUUUCGGUCGCCGGUCUGCCCAUGCAUGCCACUUGUUUUCGACCCAUUUGCGAAUCAUCUCUGGCGCGCAAUCCCUUUCGCAUCUUCACCACCCUGCUCCGACCAGAAUUGGUACAAUCAGAUGCUGCGAGGGACCUGGCCCUUCGACUUUUAUCCGAGCGAAAUAUUUUCAGUCAGCAGCUUAUGCAAAUGCUCAAAGUUGCAGAACAUCAAGACCAUCGUCUCGAUUGCCAACAAGGAGAAGUGUUCAUCCGCGAAGCUCUGCGCACGUUUUGCUGGGCCCCAGUCGCAGCAGCCACGCGCACAGAGUACGAAAUCUUGAAAAAUGAGCAUCCUAUUCUGGCCGACAUUGCCUGCUUCCAAACUUGCCACAUCAAUCAUUUGACUCCUCGAACGCUUGACAUCGGUCGUGCGCAGCGAGCAAUGCAGGAGCAGCACAUGGUGGUGAAGGAGCGCAUCGAAGGCCCCCCAUCACGCAGGUUCCCGAUUCUCCUUCGUCAAACUAGCUUUAUCGCCUUGGAGGAGCGCAUCCAAUUCAGAGCGGGAGAUGGCGCCGCCGCCGCCGCCGAUCUCAUUAAUGGUUCGCACAAGGCUCGCUUCGGGGAAAUUGAAGAACGAGGCACGGCAGUGACGCCGGCCGGACGAGCACUAUAUGACAAGCUUCUCGGCGAAGCCCUCGACUCAGCGCAACAUCUGAGCCCCGAAGGCGUGGAUGCCAUGGUGGUGGAAAAGUUCCGGAGCUACCCAGACACAUGGGACGAAUUGCGAAAAGGUGGUCUGGUCUAUUUCAAGUACCGGUGUAUAACAAAGUCACGUCACCACUUGGUCAAUGUUGCGAAUAUCCCUCUCGGACUUGGCGAGGGAAAGGAUCUGGAGAGGCUCAUCGACGCAGGUGUGGUCGAAACUGUGCCCAUCACCUACGAGGACUUCUUGCCUUUUUCUGCGGCUGGUAUUUUCCAAUCAAAUUUGCGACAUGGCUCAAGGACCAAUCAGGAGCCACUACAGAGUAGACCUGACCUCGAUGCUCUCGAAGCUGCACUUGGAAGGUCGGUGGUCGACGCAGAUGAGUUAUACGCAGCAGCGCAACAAGGGAGCCUCCAAUCAUGUCUCGAAAUGCUGAGGAGUGUGCUUUCUCCCCCAUGA